CUGCAUACAGAAAUUGUCUAUGAAUUUGUGUACCGAACGGAUGGUAUCCGAUACAUUGUGUACGAUGCGACCAGACCCCGGCAGGUGUAGGUCCCAGUAGUUGGCGUCCCACCUACACUGACACUGUGAAUGACUACUCUACUAAAUUAUGACGAUACUGUACCUGUAACUACUACCAAUCUAUCAGCAGUUUGUCCUGAAGCAUAAAGACUGUAAUAGCAGAAAGAUACCAGCACUACAGAAUUCCAACAAUUUAUGGUCAUAAAAUAAAAGGAAAGACGAGUACAGUGCAGGUGCUCAUAACUUGAAGGGAAGAAGAGGAAAUUACAUAAAAAUGAUCCGUAUCACUCCAAUCUCAAGGCGUAUCAAUGGUGCAUCGGCUCCAUUUUACCGUAGAAUGACUUCAUCUUCUGCAUCUAAUGACGGUGAUGCCAGCAAUAGUUCUUCCAGAAAGGCUAAGACGCCUGUUGGUAAACUAGAUGGCCAAGAGGUAGAAGAGGGUCAUCACCCAUACCAAGAGAAGGAGCCACUACAACCUUUUCCGGAUAAUAUUAACCCCACUACUGGUGAGGUUGGAGGACCAAGAGGACCAGAACCAACACGAUAUGGAGACUGGGAGCGCAAAGGCCGUGUAUCAGAUUUCUGAAUAUUUUUACAGUGUACAGUGAUGCACUGUGGUGAGUGACAUUUAAUAUUUUGGCUGGUAAUUUGUUUGGUAUGUGAUUUCUGUGAGAUUUUCGUCUAGCUAAAAAGUUGCUUUCAUAUCCCUUUUUCUUUACUGAAUUACAUUUUAUAAAAGAAAAACAUUCUUAUUUUCAUAGCUAACAUUAAAAUUAAUUAACAAAUUGUAGAAUAUGAAGAAAACGUUUUUGUAUUCAUUAUUAGGUAAAAAUUGUGUAACAUAAUACCAAGUCAGAAGUAAUUACUGUACAGUACAUGUAAAUGUAAUUAGCAAUUAAACAUACACUACAAUAAAUUGAGCAUUUCAGUUGGAAGCACUGUAUAAUGCAGUACUAACCUACCUCACUUGGUUACUUCCCAAGACAAGAGCCUUCUAAUAUCUUGCCAGGAUUUAAAAUUGUGGAUUUUAAAUUAUUCUACAAUACAGUACUAUUUACAUAAAAAUACUCUGUAGAGUACUGAAAUAUUGUACACAUUUAAAAUUACAUAUUGUUAAAACAAUAGAAAGGAUGUCUAAUUAGCAGGUCAAUUCAAAUAAAUUAAAAAAAUAGCAAAUAUUACUGUAC